AUGGAUGAAAAUGGGACUCCUCCAGCAACUCCACCAUCGCCUACGAGCCCUACGCAACCAGCGCCUCGAUAUUUAACCCGUGAGACUCGUUUUUCAUCACCUUCUGAUCCUCCUGUCUCAAUCUCAGUACCUACUGCUGAAUCUCCAACUAAUGGACAGCCUUUAUCGCCCAUGUCAGCAUCUGUCUCGGCGUCCGCUGUGUCGGCUACAGAAAUGUCAGGCCGCUUUGGAUUUGCAGAGAUGAGCUCAUCGGUGGAUGCGACACCAGCACCACGUUAUCUUGGACGCUAUGAGCCUGUAACGGAUGAUGCAAUCGAUCGAGACAAUGAUGGUGAUGACGUGGAAGCAGAGUUACGACGUAUGGCUCAGCGUCAAUUACCACGAGGAGAUUUAGGCCGACGGGAGUGGAGACUUGAAAGCUUUCAGCCAACGCUACAAGGAACACACACUGUAAACUCGACUGAUGGAAUGCCAUUGUCUCCUAGCAGCAGCAGACGCUCUGUGGUCAGCAUCCGUAGCAGUCGAUCUGGCAUACCAGUGCCUGCUAAAGCAGCAUUGCCACAGCCACCGGCAUCUCCACCUAACUCACCACGAUCUGUUGCUUCUGCUUCGAAUUCUGCGUCAGCUUUAGCGUCGGCGUACUCGCAGUUUCAGAGGCAGCAACAUGAGGAACAAGAGGCGUUUUCCGGUGCAGUGGUAUGGGGUACGAACAUUAGUGUGUCGGAGAGUAUGGAGUUGUUUCGAGCCUUUAUACACCAGUUUCGACCGGAGAAUUAUGAUGCUCAAGGGGAGCCGUACUAUGUCAAGUUGCUGCGGAGACUGGCCCUGACGCAGUCGCUCGUGCUAGAUCUGGACACACAGCAUCUGCGCCAAUUCCGUGGCGGAAGAAAGCUGUAUAACCAGUUAGUUUUGUUUCCACAGGUUCUGAUUCGUAUCCUGGAUAUGGUAGUGACGGAAGAAUAUCAGGCGCUACUAGCCGGCUCUGGAGCUGAAGUAGGCGCUCUCGAUACUUUGGCCAAUGUGACUUUGCAAGUGCGGCCGUCAAAUCUGCGUGAACUAGCGCCAAUGCGUCAUCUGAAUCCGUCCGAUAUCGACCAGUUGGUUUGUAUAAAAGGAAUGGUUACUCGUUGCAGUGGAGUGUUGCCGGAUCUGAAGGAGGCAUUCUUCCGCUGUGCAAUGUGCCAUGCUACGACGCAGGUGGCGCUGGAUCGUGGUCGGAUCGAAGAACCUACGAGCUGCACGCGCUGCUCUUCCCGAAUGAGCAUGGAGAUGAUUCACAACCGGUGUGCUUUCACGGACAAACAGAUGAUCAAAAUGCAAGAGACGCCCGAUGCUAUCCCUGAAGGUGAAACACCCUACACAGUCCUCUUGUUUGCGUUCGAUGACCUCGUUGAUGGCGUGCGUCCAGGUGACAAGGUGGAGGUAACAGGCAUUUACCGUGCCGUACCGAUGCGCUCGAAUUCGCGCCAGCGUGUGGUCAAAUCUGUCUUCAAGACGUACGUCGACGUUGUGCACUUUCGUCGCGUGGACGAACUCACGCGGCGCGAAGAGGGUGAAAAUGGCGAGAAUCUUAACUCCGUUGCCCGAGAGGUGGAGGAGGUUGAAGCUAGCGUAAUAGGACCGGCAGAUAUCGACGUUGAAAUGCUAGAUCCCUCAGAAGACCAUGAAGAUGCAGCUGCUGUGGCCGAUGCCCAACAGGCACGCAAACUGGCAGCUUUCCGCCGUAUCGCAGCACAUCCUCGAGUGUACGAGAAUCUGGCUCACUCGUUGGCACCGUCCAUAUGGGAGUUGGAUGAUGUGAAAAAGGGUAUCUUGUGCAUGCUUUUCGGUGGUACUCGCAAGGAUGGAAGUAGCGGCAGUGUGAACGAAGACGAAAGCGAGCAUGAGCAUGGCGGUGUAGCACCCAAGAGAAAGAGUAUGCGCUCUGAUAUGAACGUGCUAUUGUGCGGAGACCCUGGUACAUCCAAAUCACAGUUGCUUUCGUAUGUGCACAAGCUGUCACCGCGGAGUAUUUACACGUCCGGCAAAGGUAGUUCGGCUGUCGGUCUUACAGCUUCGCUAAUACGCGACAUGGAGACAAAUGAUCUCGUGCUUGAAUCAGGUGCUUUGGUUCUAUCGGACGAGGGCAUCUGCUGCAUUGAUGAGUUUGACAAGAUGAGUGAUUCUGCUCGCUCUGUGCUGCACGAAGUUAUGGAACAGCAAACCGUAAGUAUUGCCAAGGCUGGCAUUAUUUGUUCUCUUAACGCACGUGCAUCCAUUCUAGCGUCCGCUAACCCCAUCGAGUCUCGCUACAACCCAAACAAGUCAGUGGUGGAAAACGUGAACAUUCUUCCUACACUGUUGUCACGUUUCGACCUCAUCUAUCUCAUCUUGGAUAAGCCACAUCCGGAAUCCGACCGUAAACUGGCAAAACACAUCGUCGCUCUGUACUACGACGAAGAAACACGUGUGCGUGUGCGUUCGCAAAAUCGAGGAGGAGAUGCUGCACCUCAGCUUAUAAGCAUGAAGCUGCUGACUGAGUACAUUGCGUAUGCGAAGCGGAAUAUCCAUCCACGGCUUUCAGCCGAGGCCAAGGAUGCGCUCAUUCGUGCAUACCUGGACCUUCGUAGAAUGGGUGGUGCCAGCGCUGCAUCGGCCAAGAAAAAUAUCACGGCAACGCCUCGACAACUUGAAUCGCUCAUCCGUAUUUCCGAAGCGCUUGCAAGGCUCAAGCUGUGCGAGACCGUGACGCGAAGAGAUGUCGGCGAGGCACUGCGCCUCAUGAAUGUGGCAACGCAGCGUGCAGCAAUGGAUCCGCGGACGGGCACGAUUGAUAUGGAUAUGAUCAACACUGGUCACAGUGUGCUUGAGCGCGAAUUAUUAGCUGAUCUAGUUACUCAACUGAAGGAGAUUUUGGGCGAGGCUCCAAACCAGUCGAUGACUGUUGGCGAAACCCGUCGACGUCUUGAAGAAAAGCGCAAGAGUGAAGUCAAGGGUAGCGAGUUUCAGAUGGCAUUGCGCUCACUCGAGGAUGACAGCCUUGUUCAAGUCUCUCAUGGCAUGAUCCGCUACUUUGGCGAUCCGAUAAAUUAA